CGGCCACCGUAGUAUGGAACACGUGUGUGUGUGUGUUUGCAAUGAGAGUUCUGGUCCAAGUUAAUGCUUUAUGCUUAUAUUGAAAUUAAGCUCUAAGGCUUUGCUAUCAUGAGCGACAGUGAAGAUGAUGUGCCGCAGCUCUCUGCGGAAACAUUUGCAGCUUUACAAGAGUUUUAUUCCGAAAGUGGAAGGACGGGACAUAAACAAGACUCAGACCCGACUGAUAAAUUCUCUGUCGGUGCCAUGGAGGAAGACUGGCAUAUGAGUCAGUUCUGGUACAAUGAGGAGACUGCCACACGGUUAGCUGAGGAAGUCAUACAGCAGGCAGGAACAGAUGGGAGGAUAGCUUGUGUGAGUGCACCCAGCAUUUAUCAAAAGCUAAAGCAGAUGGAAUCUGACAGACCAGACAGUGCAUCAGCGGUUCUUCUGGAGUUUGAUCGACGUUUUGCAGCAUAUGGAGAUGAGUUCAUCUUUUACGAUUACAACAAUCCUCUGUGCCUACGUGAGGAUAUUCUUCCACAGAGCUUUGACAUCGUCAUCGUAGACCCACCGUACCUGUCAGAGGAGUGCCUUAGCAAGGUGGCGCUUACCGUUAAAUACCUCACUAAGGGCAAAAUCUUGCUCUGUACAGGUUCUAUUAUGGAGGAGCAUGCAGGGAAACUUAUGGAUCUGAAGAUGUGCAGUUUUUUACCAAAACACAGUCACAAUCUGGCGAAUGAGUUCCGCUGUUACAUCAACUAUGAAUCAAGUCUUCUCUGAUGAAAAUGCUUUUGAUCAGACACUUAAAUCUACCCUUUCCACUUGGACAUGUGCAGACGAUCAUUCGGAACAAUCAAUACUCUCACUCCAGGAUCCAGAUUUAGAGUGGAAUAUUUGGCUGUUCAUGAUAGAUCUGAGAUCACCAUCUUUAAUUAUAUUGCUGGCUGACUUGUGGGUUUAGUUCAUCAGUCAUACAGACAUUGAAGCAGGGCCAGUUCCAGGCAUGGGCAGGGGUGGGCUGAGUAAAUAAAUGAGUUUAUUUUAAACAGCAUUUAAAAGUAAUUGUGCAGUAAAGUUUUAUUCAUUUAUUAUAACGGGAGUUUUUCUAGAUCUUAUUUUCUGUUGAUAUUAUUUGUUGCAAUAGGCUAGAAUUUAAUCUAUAGAUGCUCAGCAAUGACUGAAAGCUCCCGCUUCAGAAAAAUCUGUCUCCCUCUAUCUCAAACACCCCAAUUCAUGCUGCAGAAGGUAGCGAAACACUGUGCAAAAUAGUUUAGUUUAGGGACACUGCGCGCACACAGACCUCAUAAACAACAGCAGAUAUGAUGUGAAGUUCAUUGUACAGUGUAAUUAGAUUCAAACUAGAGUUAUUUGCUCAAUUAAACAGAAGUCAUGAUCGUUCAGUGAUGGGGAUUCUUAGCCCACUUUAUAGGCUUCUAUUUAUGUCCAGUUUACUUAACCGCCUUAAUAAUACAUAAAACAUCAGUAAAAUCAAACGCACACAAUUACUAUAUAAAAGGCAAUAAUCAACAAUAAUUAUUUUUGUUUUAAUCUCUCAGUCUACUGUUAUGAAUGGGUGUUUUUUAUAUAUCCUGCAUGUAUUGCAGUCAUAUAUUUCAUUGUUUGUUGAAUUCCAACAAAAGCAAACCCUAAGAGUGACAGUCAGCAAUAUGAAAGCAUGAGAGCAUGAUAAUAAACUAAUGAAAAAAUCUCGGUUAUUUCACAAAACAUCUUUUUUUUUUACUUUUUCUAACAUUUACACUUUUGUGUUGCUAAAAACUAUAUUUUGUGACUGCAGAUCGUCUUUUGUGUUGUUUGGACCCGCAAAAAAAUUCUACAUUUUUAUAUGAAAUUUGGGAGAAAUGUUCACAGAA